GAAAAUAUUUUUACGGCUUUCUGUGCCCCUUUAUGACUUACGAUAUAGAAUAUAGAUAUCUCCUCACCAACUCCUAUAAUAUUUGCAGAAAACGUUACACCAAAAUCUGGGAUCAACUUUGUCACUUCUUGAUCUCUAUCAUCUGAUUAGAUUCGAUCCAUUCCCCAUAUUUCAGAUCACAAAAGAUAGUGAGAGGAGGCAAAUCUUGAUAUAUCAAAGACAUGGGAUCAGGUCAAUGGAUGGUAGAGAAGAGAUCUAGUUUUAGAAGUGAUUCAUUUUCAAAGGAAUACGAGACUGUUCCCGAAACUGGGUGCCUCUCAAUUAUUGUUCUUGGUGCUUCUGGUGAUCUAGCCAAGAAGAAGACUUUCCCUGCUCUCUACAAUCUUUAUCGCCGGGGAUUUCUGCAAUCAAAUGAAGUUUACAUUUUUGGAUAUGCAAGGACCAAGAUUUCAGAUGAUGAUCUCAGAAAUCGAAUCCGUGGAUAUUUUGGCAAAGAUGCUUCAGAGCACUCUGAAGAUGUAUCAAAGUUCUUGCAACUGAUUAAAUAUGUAAGUGGUUCUUAUGAUACUGAGGAUGGCUUUCGGCUAUUGGAUAAGGAAAUUUCAGAGCAUGAAGUAUCAAAAAACAGUGCAGAAGGAUCAUCUCGAAGACUAUUUUAUCUUGCACUCCCCCCAUCAGUGUAUCCACCAGUCUGCAGGAUGAUCAGAAAGUGUUGCAUGAAUAGAUCUGAUCUUGGUGGAUGGACUAGAAUUGUCAUUGAGAAACCUUUCGGCAAAGAUUUGGAAUCUGCAGAAAAACUCAGUGCCCAGAUUGGAGAGUUGUUUGAGGAACCACAACUUUACCGAAUUGAUCAUUACUUGGGAAAAGAAUUGGUGCAGAACUUGCUAGUACUCCGUUUUGCAAAUCGCUUCUUUUUACCUCUUUGGAACCGCGACAACAUUGACAAUGUACAGAUUGUGUUCCGAGAAGAUUUUGGAACAGAAGGCCGUGGUGGAUAUUUUGAUGAAUACGGGAUUAUCCGUGAUAUUAUUCAAAAUCACUUAUUACAGGUUCUUUGUUUGGUUGCCAUGGAGAAGCCCGUUUCUCUCAAACCUGAACAUAUCCGGGAUGAGAAAGUGAAGGUUCUUCAAUCAGUACUUCCAAUCAAAGAUGAAGAGGUUGUUCUUGGACAGUAUGAAGGCUACAGAGAUGACCCAACAGUUCCUGAUCACUCAAAUACCCCAACAUUUGCAACUGUUGUUCUGAGAAUACAUAAUGAAAGAUGGGAAGGGGUUCCUUUCAUACUAAAGGCCGGGAAAGCAUUGAAUUCAAGGAAGGCAGAGAUACGUGUUCAAUUUAAGGAUGUUCCUGGUGAUAUAUUCAAAUGUCAAAAGCAAGGAAGAAAUGAGUUUGUGAUACGCCUGCAACCCUCAGAAGCCAUGUACAUGAAACUUACGGUGAAGCAGCCUGGACUUGAGAUGUCUACUGUUCAAAGUGAACUAGACUUGUCAUAUAAGCAACGUUAUCAAGGGGUUGCCAUCCCGGAGGCAUAUGAACGUCUGAUUCUUGACACAAUUAGAGGUGAUCAGCAGCAUUUUGUUCGCAGAGAUGAGUUGAAGGCGGCAUGGGAGAUUUUCACACCCCUUCUGCAUAGGAUUGAUGAUGGCGAGAUGAAGCCAUUGCAAUACCAACCAGGCAGCCGAGGUCCGGUCGAAGCAGAUGAGUUGUUGGCAAAAGCUGGUUAUGUUCAAACACAUGGCUAUAUCUGGAUUCCUCCCACAUUAUAGAAAUGCAGCCUGCCUGGAACAAUCCUUCGUGCGGUUUCCCUAAGAUGAGUAUUUCUAGAGCCCGUUUGUAAUGCUCGUAUAAUAUGUAGUUAUGAAAUCCCACCUUUAAUGGUUUAUGUACUUCGGCCUUCAGUUUAGCAUGCCGAGAGAAUUUGCUUUGACAUGUAAGCUUGAACAGCCCUCCACUUGAAAUAUGUAUCUGUUGUGGUGUGCAUUUUAAGUACUUGAGGAAAAUAAGGAAAUAAAAUUGCUUCAAGCCAUUGCGAGAGUAUAA